AUGUCACGCCACGCCACUUCACGCCACGUCACGCCACUUCACAUCACGCCACGUCACGCCACGUCACGUCACGCCACGUCACGCCACGUCACGUCACGUCACGUCAUGUCACGCUACGUCACGUCACAUCACGUCAGGCUACGUCACGACACAUCACGUCACGCCGCAUCAUGUCACGCCACCUCACGUCACGUCACGCUACGUCACGUCACAUCACGUCAGGCUACGUCACGACACAUCACGUCAGGUCACGUCACGCCACAUCACGUCAGUCUACGUCACGUCACAUCACGUCAGGCUACGUCACAACACAUCACGUCACGCCACAUCAUGUCACGCCACCUAACGUCACGUCAUGUCACGCUACGUCACGUCACAUCACGUCAGGCUACGUCACGACACAUCAUGUCAGGUCAAAGAGUAAAGGCAAACGAUUGUGAGGCUUGUCCUAAUGGACAUUUCCAGCCUGUGGAAAAUAAAUCCAAAAGGUGCCAAGUAUGUACAGUCUGUGAUAAAAAAGCUGGGAUUACAGUUCGAGAGUGUACGGCAUUGACAAACACAGAAUGUAAGUGCCGUGACGGAUUUCUUCCCUGGGUGAAUGAUCCUACCUCUUGCUAUUGUCCCAACGGAUCUGGACUAAAUGGGGAAGAAUGUUCAAAAUGUGAAAAUGGAUAUUUCAGCCAAACUAUCGAUUCACGCUGUCAAAAAUGGAAAGAAUGCAAAUCAGGUGUGAGUGUUAGUGGCACUGACACAUCAGAUGUCAUCUGUAAGAGUGACACUGACAGCACUACAGCUCCUACAUCAAACAAAAUUACCUCUGGCAUCAAGCACUUACUAUCCCAGCGUCCACAUGAGGGGGCCAAAACUCAGGAGAUAAAUCAGGGUCCUACCACCACCACCACAGCCAGCACCACCACCACCACAGCUACUCUGACUUCUACUUCAUCAACCAAAGUUAAUCCUGGCCAUCCUCCCGACACAGACAACCACAUUGGUAUGACUCUUCUCAUAUUUGGAAUUAUUGGACUGCUUGUUCUGACCGCUGUUACCUGCAAACUUCACAUCACUCUUUGUGAGCAGAGAAAGCCAGCAGUACAAACAAAUGAUCCGUUGUGUCGGAGGCCAGUUGAGGAAAGCGGUGAUGACAGUCUGUCCUCUCUCAAACUAAAUCCAGGGGAGCCCUGAGGUGAAACUAAAUCUGUC